AAAAGAAAUUGCAGUAUAUUAUGCAUUAUAAUCUUUUUAAUGGGUCAGCGAAAUAAAAAGAAAAAAAAAUUAUUUUGAUGGGUGAUUUUGAUCAAUGAGUGGACGGGCUUUUUUGAAGGUUUUCGAAGUGGCCUUUGACUUUGUGGACGGGGAAAUGCGAGCCAUGCCACGUCGUGAGAAGGGAAUCCUGGGAGCACCGAGAGAUGGCAAGAAUCCGAUGUUGUUUUCAUUCAGUGUACGCGAGGGAGAGGAAUGGCAGUCUGAUAGCUCAGACUCGGACUGGGCACCCUCUGAUCAUGACAGCCCAGUUGACAACGGCUCAAAGAAGGCUCAAAAUAAACGAAAGUCUUCGGGAAAUCAAGAGACUGAUUCAGAGAGUGAACGGUGCAAGCGUUCCAAAUCAAUGAAACGACUGUCUUCCAAAGAUAGGAGAAAGAAACCCAGUAGACUUGAUGAUAAGUCGUCCUUGUCAAAUAAUGGUCAGAAGACAACGUUCGAAUCAGGUGGAGAGAGGUACACUGAUGUCUGGGCGAAGAAAAUGCCUCCAGAGAUUCUGCUCAAGAUCUUCCAGUGUGUUUGUCGGAUGGAUGGCGGGGCACUACCUUUCUUAGCCAGAGCAUCUAAGACGUGUCGCCUGUGGAGGGAGGUGUCCCAGAGUCCAGUCCUCUGGCAUGUUGUGGACAUGUCUUUUGGCUGGGUCAAGUCCACUGACAGCACACUCGUGUAUCUCUGUCCAAAUCGAUUCAAGUGUCUGAGGGAAAUCAAGCUGAAUGGAUGGAAGCAUCUCACCAAUACAGGUGUUCAGGCCAUAGCUGACAACUGCCCAGAGCUACACACCAUCAAUCUCUCCGGUUGCAGCAAAGUCAACUCGAUUGGGGUAAAAGUACUUGUUGACAGAUGUGACUGUCUUCAUUCUUUGGACCUCUCUGCUACCUCAACAGAUGCUGUAUCCAGCCAAUCUCUCAAAUAUUUGGUGGAGAAAGUUGGUCCUCGGCUCCAGGCCUUGGCUGUUGGCUGUAAUACGCUGAAAGGCUUCAAUAAUUCACUUAACAGUAUUAUAGAACAUUGUUCAAAUCUCCUGUGUUUUGAUGCGUCCAAUGCCAAUUUCAUGUCAGAUUUCUUCUCGCUGAAUAUUGAGAGGUUCCAGAUGGGAUGUCCAAAGUUACGCAUUCUUCGCUUGGCCAACACGAGAUUGAGAGGAUCGAACGUAACGAAUGCUGCCAAGGACCAAUCACUUGGUUUCACCGAUAUGCAGGAGCUGAGCCUGGCAGUUGGUGCCCGUGUGUCUCCUGUAACCAGUGCUGGAGGAAUCGGCAUUGAUGAUGAAUUCUUGCAAAGGAUGCUGAAGACAUCAUCGCACCUCAAGUUAUUGGAUCUACGUAGCUGUUGCAGCGUGACCAAUCACGGCAUCCAGCACCUCCCGGCGACACAUCUCCAACAGCUCUUCAUAUCCCAGUGCUCCAUCGCCAGAUUUGAAGGCAUUCAAGUCAUUAUGCAAAAGUGGCAGCACAGUCUGGUGGAGCUGGACCUCUCAUGGAAUAUCUACCCUGGUGCAUCUUUCGACAUUGCCAUGAAUAAGAUUGCUAGCAACCCACAACACUCCAAACUACAAAUCCUCAAUUUGAGUGGAACGUCAAUAGCUUUCCCCAGGCUCAAGUCUAUUCUGGAAGGCUGUCCUCAUCUCAAGAAGUUAAACCUUCAAUCGUGUCGUGGUUUACCACGUGGUAUGAAAAAGGACUUUGAGGGAGAAACUUUAAAUAGACUGAGGGAGGAGAUUGUGACAUUUGGUGAUGAACAUGAUGACAGGAGGUGACACCUGCUUCUUGUUUUGGAGUCGAAAACUUAAAACUGGAGAUACAAUAUAUGGAUAACACUUCAUUCCUCAUUGAAGGAGAGCUGUGGUACUUGGAUAUGCUGUGUCAGAUAACACUUCAUUCCUCAUUGAAGGAGAGCUGUGGUACUUGGAUAUGCUGUGUCAGAUAACACAUCAUUCCUCAUUGAAGGAGAGCUGUGGUACUUGGAUAUGCUGUGUCAGAUAACACUUCAUUCCUCAUUGAAGGAGAGCUGUGGUACUUGGAUAUGCUGUGUCAGAUAACACUUCAUUCCUCAUUGAAGGAGAGCUGUGGUACUUGGAUAUGCUGUGUCAGAUAACACUUCAUUCUUCAUUGAAGGAGAGCUGUGGUACUUGGAUGUGUCAGAUAACACUUCAUUCUUCAUUGAAGGAGAGCUGUGGUACUUGGAUGUGUCAGAUAACACUUCAUUCUUCAUUCAUGUCAUUGAAGGAGAGGGAACGUUUAUCACCUAAAGGUAGAAGCGAGGAGAUUCUCACACAAACUGCAUGCCAUUUACAGUCACUCUCAAAACAGGGUAUUCGUACUGCAAUUGUAGAUGACUCCGUCUGAUGGUCAACUGAUAAUCACAAGGGAAACACUUCUUCCCAUCGUAAUGACCGCUGGUCAGUGAAAGGUUACAGUACGGGUGUUUCAUUUUGAGACUGACUGCAGCACCUUUGUGAACCUCAAACACUCAUAACAGCAUGAAAUCCGACAUUAGAGGAUCACUUUUAAGUUAUUUCUGACACACCUGAAUAAACUGCAUGCUCAUGUUACGCUAUUUUAUUAUGAUUUAUUUGUACCCCACAAUGAUGUACUCUUGUUUUCUGAAGUGUACUAAGGAGUUGGUUGAUUGGCUUUAAGCAGCUGUGUUCUAUCGUGGACCAAUGUUAAUGUAAUGAGACGUUUACACAGAAAAUGCAAUGCAAUGAACCAAUAGAUUUUUUUUAAAAUAAAUUUAUUUGUGUACUCUAA